AUGGCUUUCUCAUUAUCAACAAAAUCUGUUGGAAACGGUAAACGUUCUACAAGUACAAUGCAUGCAGCUGUUGCACGCGAUUAUGAUCGAAAGAAAUUGGCUGCGAAACAUGAAGUUAAACUGGAAAACGAUUACGAUGCGCUUGAACGAAAAAUGAUCUCGCGCGCUAAAUGGAAUCAACGCGCUGAAAAUAAUAAUCUACGUUCAAAUCAAACACAUGAGAAUCAUAAUCAAGAUCGUUCGAAAAUUUCACUCGAACAUUACAUCGAACGUGAAAGAAUAAAACAAGAUAACAUUAUUAAUGCUAAACGUAUGGCCAAUGAAAGAAUUCGGCGUGCUUCAAUAAACUCUUUACCAAAAGUUUAA